AUGGCAAGCUGGGUCUCAUUGAAUGUGGAGCCAGACGAUAUCAUUGAGGAUGAGGUUGACGAUACCAAGGAGCUUCAAAUCGAAGAAGCGCUGAAGCUCUACCAAACCGCCCUUAAGCUUCAUUCGCAAGGUCCUGAGUUCUAUACCCAAGCAGCAGAAGCCUACGAAUCUCUUCUUAGCUCGGAGAUCUUCAAAUACCCCGAAUCGAUUUCGGACUUCAAACGAGCUGCGGAAUCAGAUGCGCAAGUAGCGAACGUUGCUGAUGAAGAAUCUGCCGAUACAAGUACGGAAUUCAACGUCAACGACUCCACCUCCAGCCUUUUUCAGACUCUCUACCUAUCCUACAAGAACUACGGAAAAUACCUCCUCGAUUCAGUACACGAAACGAUCCGAACCGCUGCGCAAGACCCCGAGACAGUACAGAAAACAUUUCAGGCUUCUAGACAAGCUUUGGGAUCGUUUGCAGAUGCUUUGGAACGAGAUGACACGGAUCUCAAUCUAUGGAGACAAAGCGCGAGGCUUAGCAGUGCUCUGAAAAGUUAUCGGUUGAAUCGAUUCUGUCUCGAGAGUGUACUUGCCGACGAUGACAAUCGCCUUGAGAUACGACCGGAACUGCUUGGAUUGGAAGAGAUCUUUUCGGAGGACCGUUUGCGAGCCACCCUGACUUCGCUAUUUGACGGUCUGUCUGCGUCACAAGUGCCCGUCAAGAAGACAAAAAAAGCUCUUGCCAAAUAUCUCAAGCAGCAUGAAGAUCCGUACCCAUAUCUCCCAGAUCUUCCGACUGAGAUUGGCUCAUUGAGUUCCUCUAAAGGUCCUCUUGCUUUGUCCACCUCUCGCCGCCGGGAGAUCGCGCCCUCUGACGCUACCUGGGAUUUAAUAGGAAAAGCCAUUCUCCAAGCGCUGGAUGAUGAGGAAGCAGCUCCUAUGGGUGAUGCCCCAAGUCGAUCGUUCUAUGUAACUCUUCCAACCAGGGAAUCUGAGCUACUAGAUACUGUAUCUGUCAAAAUGGAGGGCAUUGAAGAUGACCCCAAGAACAAAACUGAGGAAAGCAAGACAGAGAAUGGCGAUAUCGAUAUGUUGGAUGAGGCCGAGUCGCUCAAAGAGGCCAAUCAAGUCGAUGAGCCCAAAGAACUACCUGAAGACGCGCCCCAAGAGCCGGCAGAAACCACAGAAAUAACAGAACCUACAGAGGAACAGUCUUCUUUUGACCAAAACGCAGAAAAACAACUCAUGGAGUCAUUGGAAGGUCAUUCUGUUCCAGCUGAGCAACAACUUGGUGAAGAAGAGCCAGAAAAAGAACAUUCAGAGCCCAAAUCACCAAUCGGCGCACGCAAGAGAUCAUCUGCAUCAGCGGCAAAUGAUGAUCCUCCAGAAGGAGGACGCAUGAAGAGCCGAAGAACACGGGCCCGUGAAUCCAAUGCCGAUGCGCUUGUGCAGCCUGAAGAAGUUGCCUUUGAUCAAGAGAAAUACUACGAGGAUCGUCUUGAAAUUUUCGUCAAUGCAGAUCAAUGGAUGUUCAAUACUCUCGGAUCCUCGUUCAGCAAAGCUGGCGUUCCUGUUCUUGGAACCAUCGAAGAUCUCAGGGAAAAAGUGGCUACUUUAAACGAACUUGACGAGGUACCGCAGGACCCCAAGACUAGAUUGUUCCAGGAUAUGCGUGGCAUUAUCAAACAUUGGAAUGAUGAAAAAUCUCGAUUGAUGCAACAAAAAGAUGAUCCUUCGUUGAAGGGCUUAUCAGGAUCGAACAAGUCUGGAUUAGCCGUGUUUCUUGAACAUUCCAGGAAGACAGCCCGAAGACAACCCGUUCACGAGCAGCUGCCAUCCGGAGAGGAGAUUUACAGCUUUGCGGAAACUAUCAACAACGCCAAUUACAUGCAUCCCCAUGAUGUGUCGUUCGAAUGGCUCAGACGUCUGCUCAUGCCACAGUUUGGUGAACACGUCUCGGAAUUCAUGGCAAUGAAAUCUGCGUAUACAAGUUUUUUGUGGCCCCAGGAAGUCAAGAAGGUCGCUGUAGAUCUUUUACUCCGUGAGGAUGCAUACGUGCUUGCCAGAUUAUGUGAAAAUGUGACAGGUCUGGAGCGUCGAGUCCUUGGAUCAGACUCUGAAAAUGAAUUCAAAUAUGAUACCAAGGACUUUGCGGAUGUGGAAAUGAUUCAAGCCAUCUACGAGAUACAGUUGGAUAUAUUUUCCUCUGUUGAGAGUCUUAGCAAUGAGGCAGGCCAACAAAACACACUUUCGCAGCGUGACCGAUUGACGCGAUGGGCUAUGCUAGCCCGGACCUCUUUGGAACUCUGCAUAGCGUACUGUCCGUCCGAGAAGUGCCGACAGAAUAUCGCAUUUCGUCAUUUGUGGACAUCGACAUUUCAUCUCAAUCUUGCCGGAGAAGCUGAUCGUGAUCACAUCCUGUUGUGUCUUCAGGAUUUGAAGCAAACGUUUCAAUCUAUCAACGACCCUAUAAUCAGACUCAUCAAUAAUUCUAUCAUGGCCGAACUCUCUAUUGCCACCAUUGAUCAAGAAGCGCUCAAACUCAAAUGCAUGGAUUUCUUCGCCCAGGUAUUCAAGGCAGACGACGAAGAUCCAAUCUCAAUGAUAGAAGCUAUUGAGCCAAUCCUUGAGCCUUCAUCAGCGCAAUGGCAUCUUUCCUUGACCGAGGAGAUGCCACAUUACGACUCUUCCUCUGGCGAAAACUUCAAGAUGCGUAUCAGAGCAUCGAUUACCCCCCCGAAGGUGGUUUCAUGUCAUUUGCGAAGUAUCGAGACGGUCAUGCGUGAGCUUGAAGACGUGAAGCACCUGCAGGAGGCGAGUGGUAUUCGUGAAGUUUCUUUGCUGGGUUGUCUUAAAACUCUGGAUGGAAUUAUGGGCAAACUUAUCCCCCUGGUGCUGCAACAACCUGACAAUGAUAAAUCUUACGAAUGCUUAGAUAUGGAUCAUUUGCAAUCGUCCAUAUCUGCCGUCGCUAGGUUAACUCGGAUUCUGCACAGUUUCGUCCUUUACGAGGAUGCGGUCCGGGUCGGUCAAAUUUCUGGACGUGAUCUUCGUGGAGGCCUGGCAAAAACUCUUGAGAACUUCAAAGACAGAAUGCGAGAAAUGUAUGUACGGUGCUGGAUUUUGCUCUAUACCCUUUUCAACGAAGCAGUAUCCCAGAACAAAGCCGCUUCGAAUACCUCAAACAUCUCCAAUAAGCCAUCGGAAGAUCAUAUCCAUAUUCUUCGCUCUGUGCAUCAUGCGCUGGGGGUUCGGUCCAUGUGCCGCUAUUCACAAAAACGAUUCUUGAAGCUCCUGAAGUCCGAGUUACUUGAUCUUGAGACUAAGGGUGAUUACGAAUUCGAUAUCUGCCAAGUGCUCUUCGAUCUUUAUGGUAUCAAGUUCUCCACUUCCUCUGUUGACGGCACUACUGAUCAUGGAUGUUCUCCUGAGAAACUGGAUCGUCAUACAGCUACCAUGAUGAUCGACUUUGUUAUGAGACAAGCAAACAAAAUGAACAUGAAAGACCUGUCCAAAUCAGAGCUUAAGAUGACCAUUGAAAAAAUGCAGCUUGCAAUCGGUCCAGUGAAACCUCCUGCGCCACUUGGCUCAGUGAAAGCUUCUUCGCAAUCACCGCAACUAAGCCUCAACAGGCGCGUUUUCAGCGCAUACAUCAAGGCCCCGAUCAACCCCUCCCACCUUCUUCGAGCCAUACAGGGAGUAACAGAACUUUCUAUGCAUCCAGUACCUGGAGAGAACGCCAAGAUUGCCGCCAAGGGGUGGUAUUUCCUCCUUGGUCAUGCUACUCUGACGAAGUUCCGAGCUCAAAAACGCCUAAGUCCUGGAUCGAUCUCAGAGCUAGAAGAUGCCAUAACCUUCUUUCGACAAGAUUUGGAUAAUGGAACUGGUAGAUGGGAGACUUGGUACCGGCUAGCACAGGCCUAUGACACAAAACUGGAGGAAGAGAUUACAUGGGGUGCAGACAAGAUUAACAACAGCCGUACGGAACAGGAACUGGCUGCGACACAGAGAUAUGCAAUCCAUUGUUAUGCAAUGGCCGUUUCGGUGGCUGCCAACACUGCUGAGCCUACAGUAGAGACACGAAGUUUACUGUCUGAUCUCUAUACGGACUUUGGAAUUCGCCUCUAUGCUUCUUCUCGGGAUCCACUCUCAAUGGCUGCCUUCUCGUUGGAAGAUUUCUCUCGACAUUUCAGCAGCCAGGAAAGUCAACAGAUGUAUAAGGCACAGCCUUUCAAAGAAAUGUCACGCUACUCUGUUUGGAAUUUUGCCAGCAAUCUUCUCAGGAAAGCAACCAAUGAGAAGCCAAAGCAUUGGAUAACCCACUACUUCCUCGGGAAGAGCUUGUGGAAGAUGUUUAACUGCGAUGACUCAUUGCGUACAACCUCGAAACCUGUUGAAGUCCAAGAUGUGCUAGAUGCAUUCCGUAACGCCAUUUCAGCCCUUCCGCAACGCAGGGAUUCGCGGGCUGAUCCCAUUUUCGAGCCUCACUUCAAGCUCUUGUCGAUCGUUCACAGAUUAGUUCUUGGAGAACAUUUGACACCUUCGGAGGGAAGUAAAAUCCUCACCAUCACUCCUUGGGCCCGCAAGGUGGAUACGCCCGAAAAUAUGGACGCUUGGAAGCCUUACAUCCUUGAAGUCAUCAAGAAAUUCAAGAGCGCCGAUAAGUCGAACUGGCAUCAUCGGAUGAGCGCCAAGGCUGCACAUAUUAUCUAUGAUGAUGACAAGAACGCGACGACAGCUGCAGCUGCAAAACAUGAAAUGUCCCAGAUCUUCACAAAAACACUCACGAUUCAAGUAUGGCGGCCUGAAUUCGAAAGGCCCGGUAGACAUUUUGUGUACACGACGCGCUACGUCUAUUUCUUUGUCAAUUUGCUUGACCAGCUGGAUGAUCGUGCUAGCUUGGACCAAUUGCUCCGCCGCGUCAGAAAGAAGCAAGGCGAUUUCAUCAACCAUUCAAAGCUUUGGGAAGAUGUUUGCUUGACCUUCGCCAAGAUGAUUCGGAGAGCUGCUCAAAUCAACGAAGGCCACGAAGAAACUGUGUUCAAACCAAUUGGCUGGGAAGAAUUCUCUUCGAAGACAGCCCGACUGGAAAGCUUGAAUGCUUUAGUACCAGAAAGCCAGGCUAUUCUGGAGCUGAUCCGGGACGCUCUGGAGUUGAAGAAACUCAACAACAACUUGAUGAAGGUUACCAUGUUUGAAGAUCUCAUCGCAGAUCUCUACUCUCGGGUUUAUGAGGUUAACAUGCCUCUGCUUGUGGAGCAAGUGACUGAGGAGAACAAAGAAAAGAUGAAGGUUGAUCACCUUCUCAUGACAGGCGACACAAACACCGAGGCCUCGACACCCGCUGCCUCGCUCCCAGCAUCAGACACCCCUGCUCCCCGCGGUCGUACCAAGGGUAUCGCUCGCCGGGACAUUCAAAAGCGAGCCGAUACUAUUGUGAAUCUGAAAUUGGCACCCCGAACUGCGACGAGCAAGCUGACGUCUACCGGGGAUGGUGAACAAGCAACGCCAACCCGACGGGGCUCCAAUGCGGCAGCUUCUUCAGGCCCUACUUCUAUUGCUGGAAAGCACGAGGCUGCGGCAGGACUUGACAGUGGAGCUCAUGGUGCAGACCUCAAUGCUCAUCGUGAUAGUGGUGAUGAAACCGAGAUGACCGAUAUUGAUGAAUCGAGACUCGAUAUCACCUCCUCCGAACGCAAGCCAAAGCUUUUCUCUAAACUGCGUGAGGAAGUGGGUGAUACCGAAGAUGAUGGUGGAAGUGGAGAUGAAGAGAAUGAGGAAAAUGAGGAGAAUGAAGAAGUGGAGGGGGACGAGGAUGAAGAAAUCAAUGAAAAUGAGGGCGAAGGCGAGGACGAGGAGGAGGGUGAAGGAGAUGCCGAUGCCACUGAAGUUGAGACCGGUAUCGAGGAUACUCUAGAUAUCGACGAUGCUGGAAAUGACGACGAAGAGAUGCAGGACGACGAGGGCGAUGAAACAGUCAUUGAGGAUAGCAGGCUGGAUGACCAAGAUGAUGAACAUGAGGCUAAGGUCGAUGAAGAGGAUGACCCUGACAGGGCUACCCCCGGUGAGGACACUGAAAGACUGGACGCCAUGGACACCAUACCAGCUUAG